AUGGUGGUUUCCAUCCUGGUGAUGAGCAUUCCAUUCCUUCCGAUCAUCGAACCUUGCGUUGCCUCUAUACGGUUCCGCCGCGCAUCGAUGGUAGCGUCGCCGCAGGGCGCAGAGGGUGUCGGAUCCAAGUCUGUUUCUGAUGGUACGCUGCGUAUGGUAGCAAUUGAGAUGGUCCCGGGUGUUGGCUGUCCCGGCGGUGAUGGGAAUCCAAGGAACGGGAUAAGCUUGCGAAAUGCCACUGGUUCUCGGUGGGUGAGGAAUCAAGACGUUCUCGCCACAGACGGGCUGGUGUGCGGUAUCUUGAUUGAUGGAUGGGAUGCGCUGCAAGCCAUCGUCCCGCAGCCUCUCGCAGUGCAAGAUAGGGGAGAUCCUCGACGGGUUGGGAGGCAGCAGGCGAGCGCCAGCAAGAUUCCAAGGCACACCGCACCGCUCCUCACUCAUCCAUCUGCAGCAGAGGGUGCCGCCCGUGCAAGCGAUUCUGUAGGGCAGCGACGAUCAAUAGACUACGGAGAAUUGAGCAGGAUAAGCAACAGACGGCGCCCAACUCAGUCGCCUGCCAGUGACCCCCGCGGCCAGAGCACCCGAAAGUCAGCUCUGCCAUGCGGCGACGAGGGACGUCAUCUCGUACCCUCAGCUUCGCAUUCGUCGUGGCCGUCGACGAGAAUUGGCGGGGCUCCACGCGACGCACAGCUAGCUCGUAUCGUGCCAAUAGUGCCGGGUCUGUCUGCAGAGCAGCAGGCAGGCAGAGCGAUGGGAUGGGCGCGUUUGUCACUCGACGCCUUGGCUGCAUCCCGAAGCGCUGCGACGAUUCGUGUUGCCGGAAGCGUGCAAUGGACGAUUUGA